AUGGACGCGCCGAACGUGCCGCAGCCGCCGCUGCUGCGCCGCGCUUACGGUCGGCCCUUCGCCGCGUUCCGCGCCGACGGCUUCGAGCCGGCGGCCGGCGGCAACGGGCGGCCGCCCGGCCGCUUCGCGGGCGCCCUGACCUGGGGCUGGGAGAAGGUCAAUCAAAUUGAGGCCCUGUUACAGGGCAGUGGGGACGACUGCGAGCCAGGCAGGGCGCCAGUGAUGGUCCCGGGCGGGGCGGCCGGCGGCCGCGGCGCCCAUGCGCGGCCGCAGCGGCGCCGCGUGCUGCUGUUCUGUUAUGCGAACCGGCUUGAGCAGAUUGGGGUGACGCCUGGUGCUGAGGAGUGGGUGGAUUACACACUGGUGCCUCUGCUGGAGGUCGCGCCCGGGCAGAGUGUGCAGGACGCGUGGAUGCGGUCGCCCCGGUGUGCAGGGUAUGACGUGCUGGGGUCUGCCGAGGCCGCCCUGUCGGCCGAAGGUAGCGAGGCGGGACGGGCGCGGUGGGCGGGCGCCGUGCCGCGGGCGCUGUUUGAGCGCGGGUGGUAUGUGUGA